GGGCGGCAGCGGUGGGGGAGUUUCGCGCGCGCGGUGCCGCCGCCAUGCGGGAGCGGAGGCCGGUACCGGCCGCCCCGGCCCGCUGCAAGCUGGUGCUGGUGGGCGACGUGCAGUGCGGCAAAACGGCCAUGCUGCAGGUGCUGGCCAAGGACUGCUACCCCGAGACGUACGUGCCCACCGUGUUUGAGAACUACACGGCGUGUCUGGCCAACGAGGAGCAGCGGGUGGAGCUGAGCCUCUGGGACACCUCCGGCUCCCCCUACUAUGACAACGUGAGGCCCCUGUGCUACAGCGACUCGGACGCUGUCCUGCUCUGCUUCGACAUCAGCCGCCCCGAGACCCUCGACAGCGCCGCCAAGAAGUGGAAGACAGAAAUCCUGGAUUAUUGCCCCAACACGCGGGUGCUGCUCAUCGGCUGCAAGACGGACCUGAGGACGGACCUGAGCACCCUCCUGGAGCUCUCGCACCAGAAACAGGCCCCUAUCUCCUACGAGCAGGGCUGUGCCAUGGCCAGGCAGUUGGGAGCCGAGGGCUACCUGGAGUGCUCGGCCUUCACCUCGGAGAAGAGCGUCCACAGCAUCUUCCGGACCGUGUCCGGCCUCUGCCUCAGCAGAGCCCCCCAGCAGCCCCCCCAGAGCCCCCCCCGCAGCCUCUCCAAGAGACUCCUGCACCUGCCCAGCCGCUCCGAGCUCAUCUCCAACACCUUCAAGAAGGAAAAGGCAAAAAGCUGCUCUGUCAUGUGAAGGGGGGGACAGGGACGACCCUCCCCAACUUCCAGCCCCCUCCCGAGUCCCCAGGGUGGGAUGGGGGGGCUGGACAGGGCCCUGGACCCACCCCCCACCCGAGGAGGAGGGGGUGCUGCUGCCCCCCCAUCACACCAUUGCCCUGCCAGCCCCCGGCCUGGGGGGCUGUCCCCAUGGGGAGGGGGGUCUGGGGGGUGCUCAGCACCUGGUCCCCAACCUGGGGGGAUCCCUGUGGGGUUUGGGGUGCACAGGACCCUGGGGACACUGACCCAGGGGGGGUCCCUGUGGGGUUUGGGGUGCACAGGCACAUGGGGACACAGUCCUGGGACAUCCCUGUGGGAUUUGGGGGGCACAUCAUGGGGCUCAUCCAUGGACUCAUCCUGUUUCCCCCCACCCCUCAUCCACUGCUUGGCCCUGGGGGGACCCCAGCGGGUUGGGGGGCAAUGGGGGGGGCUAUUUUAUGGACUGUCUGGGGUGGGGGGGUGUC